UUUUUUUUUUUUAAAAAAAAAAAGAAAGAAAAUCAUGUUCGAAUUAGUCUUGGGAAAGUGUAAUAUUUGUGAAGAACAAUUAUUUAAUAAAUAUUGGUGUAAAGGAUGUAGAACAAAAUAUUUUUUAGAAAGAUUUUCAACAUGGACGAGUGAAAAUGAUGAAUUGGAUAAUUUUAUACAAGAGAGUCAAUUAAAUGCGAGGGAAGAACAUGGAUAUUUUCGUUGGUUUAAUUAUGAUAUUUUUGAAAAUUUACAAUUAAUUGGUAGUAAUAAAGGAUAUAGUGAAGUUUAUUAUGCUAUGAUAAAACAAGAUGAAUUGAUUAUGAUGAGUUAUGAUAGGUUUGUUGUUUCAAAUUACUUGGAUGCUCCCAAUUCUCAUAUUCCGAGGGCUGUUGCAUUGAAAAGAAUCAUUAAUUCCGGUCGUACGGUUAAGGAAUUUAUAAAUUCGAUUAAGAAUUAUUUUGUUUGUAUGGAUGAGACAAUAACAAAAUGUUAUGGAAUCACAAAAGAUCCUUCAACACAAGAUUAUAUGUUAAUCCUACAGUACGCCAACGUGAAAUCUUUAAAUGAUUCAACAACACUUAAAAACUUUUCAUCAUCAUUAUCUUGGACGGAAAAGAAGGAAUUAUUUAAAACAAUUGUACAAGCCAUCAAAUUACUUCACGAAUCAAAUUUAAUUCAUAAAAAUUUACAUCUUGGCAACAUCCUUUUGAAUAGGACAUCUGGACCACAUUCAAUUCAAAAUGUUUGUGUAAGUGAUAUUGAAAUGUGUAAUUCAAUUAAUGAACAAAAACAUCAAUCAAAAUUAUUUGGUGUAAUGCCAUUUACCGCCCCGGAAGUUCUUAAAGGAGAGCGUCAAUCAAAAUCUUCAAAUAUUUAUAGUCUUGGAAUGAUCUUUUGGUGUAUUAUAUCAGGUCAAUUACCUUAUUCAAAAUUUUCUCAUGAUUCUUUUCUUGCUUAUGAAUUAUGUAAAGGAAAAAGACCUAUGAUUCCUAAUGGUACACCACAAGAUCUUGUUGAAAUUUUAAAUCAAUGUUGGGAAUCUGAUCCUUCUAAAAGACCAUCAAUUCAUUCUAUCGCAUUUUCUUUAAAUUGGAGUGUUGUUUCUGAUGGGGGAUCUAUUGAUUAUAAUUCUAAUGAUCUUUAUAAGAAUCCUAAUGCUUUUUAUUCUAGAAGAUUGAUUGAUUUUAAUUUUAAAUCAUUUGAUAAAGUCGAAUCUUAUUUAUAAAAAAAAACAUUAUUACUACUAUGGUUAUUAUUAUUAAGUGACAUUUGAACAAUUUCAUUUACAACACUUAUUAUUAUUAUUAUAUGACAUUUUGAACAAUUUACAUUUAGUAUUAUUAGUAU